CCGCUAAAACCCUAGCAUUCCACGGAGUGGUCGCCUCCCUCCUCCGGCCGCCACCAUGCUGCUCCGCCGCCUCCUCCACUCCUCCCGCCGCCUCGGCCACCGCCUCCAAACCCUAACUCCGGCGAGCGCAGCCACCGCCGCCGCUGCCUCGUCCUCUCCCGUCUCCGCUCCCCUUCCAUUUCGUCGUCCCCUCCCCGCCUCCAGCCUCCUCUGGCCGCGGCUCCUCUCCACGUCCGGCCGCGACGACGACCCCAACAAGCCAUGGGCGUUCACGCCGGAAUCCGGCGAUCCGGAUCCCUUCGCCGCCGGUGAGGGCGUCGAAGCUCCCGCCGGCGAGGAUCCACUAGGAUUGAGCGCCGCCGGCGAGGACCCGUGGGCGAAGGAUUUCCGCGCGGAGGGCAGCGAGAAGGGGGACGUGUUCGAGGAGAUCUUCAAGGAAGAGGCUGCCACCGCCGCCGUCGCUUCUGGAGAGAAGGCUCCGGGGGCAGGCGCCGACGAGCUGUGGACGCUGAGUGGGGAGGAUGAGAAGGAUCCUUUCGCGGAGGCCGUGCUCGGGGGUGGGCUUGAGGGGAUCGGAGGUGAUGGCGCUGCGAUUGAUGAGGCCGAUGCGGGGGAAGACGAGGAGGAGGAAGAGCGAAAACGGCUAGAGAGAAGGGCGAGGGAGCAAGAACUAAUGGAGACACUCAAAGGUCCAAAUCGUGCAUUUGGUGAUCUCAUUGAGGCCUCUGGGAUUACAGAGGAUAUGAUUGCUAGUUUGAUCCUCUUAAAGGAUGUUAGGGGUGUUCCUGGAUUACCUCCCCUAAGAGAAAUAGAAGAUGAAACUAUCGAAAAAAUGAAUGCAACAUCAAGCAGAGCUGAUGUAGAACGCCAAAAGCAAGAGGAAAUUGCUAAAGCACGUGUAAGACAAGUCGAUGAGAAAGGAAGGGCUUAUGGAACAGGGAAAAGGAAAUGCAGCAUUGCCCGUGUUUGGAUUCAGCCUGGUGAUGGGAAGUUCAUUGUCAAUGACAAACAAUUUGAUUCUUACUUCCCAAUUCUGGAUCAUCGGGCUGAUCUUCUUCGCCCAUUUACCGUGACCAAAACUUUGGGGCGUUGGGAUGUUACUUGUACUGUGAAAGGUGGUGGUGUCUCAGGACAAGUUGGAGCUAUCCGGCUAGGGAUCAGCAGGGCCUUGCAGAAUUGGGAACCAGGACUACGCCCAAAUCUCAAAGCAGCUGGAUAUUUGACAAGAGACUCACGGGUUGUUGAAAGGAAAAAGCCUGGAAAGGCAAAAGCAAGAAAGAGCUUCCAAUGGGUCAAACGGUAACAGUUGAGAGAUGGAAAUUAAACUGAGCCAAUAUUAAGGAAUAGGGGUACCUGCUCUUGUUUUUUUUCUGGUCAUGGCGUUCUGUAUUUGCAGUUGGACUGAUAUUUUCGGAAGGUCCUUUUGAGCUCUAUACUCAUAUAUUCCAGCCUUUACCGAUAAUGGGCAUAAUGAGACACAAGCAUUCUGGUUUUCUUUAAUGUUGACAAUUGACACAGCAAACUGAUCCCAGGGAAAAAAAAAUCAUUUGACCUAAUUAAGAUGCAGAAGAUACAUUGUUAUAAGCUGUCAUUAAAAUGGGCUGGGCUACCGAUGGAAUUCGUUGUCUAGCUCCCAGAAGUUAUUUCUGUUUUGCUGGGAUGGCAUGGCUGUAUGCCUGUAUAUCAGCUGCUGCCACAUUUUUCCUCCAUGUAUGUCUGUGCAUGCUCUCUGACUAUGGUAAAUGAGAAGUUAUGCGUCCAACUCUGUAAGCAGUAAUAAGACCAAAUGGAAUAUUUUCCAAACGUGAGAUGUCAUUGUGCUUCUCUCUGAGCAAUCCACCACCUUGUUCAUGAAAGCUAUGGGCGAGACUGUAAGUUAUCAAUAUUACAAACCCUCGAGCUUCUCGAUA